ACGGAUAAAAAUCCACGGCUAUCAGCAGCGCAAGACAAAAGUUUGGAGCAGCGCUAUGUAGAAGAACACCUAGCGCACAGUCUUUUUUUGUUUGCGACCAGGCUGCGUCCCUUUCAAUUUCACUGUGUCUAUAAAAGUGAGACGGGCUGCACUAAAGAGUGGGGGAGAUCAACAUAAGGAGACCCAACGGAGGCGCUUGAGCCAGGAAAGAAGUGCUGUGAGGAAGAAACACCGUGUCUCAAACUCUCACACACGCACAAACAACAAAGCCGCGCCCGGAUCACAGCCUUCUCAGCACAUCGCUACACCUGCUUUCCUGCUCUAGCAUGGCCAGUUCGAGUAAAGCCACUUUAAUCUUGCUCAUCUACGGAAUCUUAAUGCACUACAGCGUCUUCUGUACACCUAUAGGACUAAGUUACCCUAAGAUCAGACUUGAAAACGACGCGUUUGAUGAGGAUGGCAACUCUCUGUCCGACAUGGGCUUUGACAGCGACCAGCUUGCUAUAAGAAGCCCCCCAUCUCUAAACGACGAUGCGUACAGCCUGUAUUACCCACCAGAAAAAAGACCAGAAAGGCAUGCUGAGGAAGAAUUAGAUAGAGCCUUGAGGGAGAUCCUGGGUCAGUUAACAGCGAGACAUUAUCUGCAUUCUCUGAUGACUGUUCGUGCAGGUGACGACAACAGCAUGGAGGAAGAGUCAGAGCCCCUGUCCAAAAGACAUUCAGAUGGGAUCUUCACCGACAGCUACAGUCGCUAUAGAAAGCAGAUGGCCGUGCAGAAAUACCUGGCAGCGGUUCUGGGUAGAAGGUACAGACAGAGAGUUAGGAACAAAGGACGCCGGCUCGCCUAUUUGUAGCUCCGUUAAAAGAAAGAAAAAAGAAAGAAAAAGCGCCCAAAACUGCCCUCCUGUGUAUAUACAUCCAGUCGUUAACUCAAAGUCAUUCAGAUAUAUCUGACCAACCAGUGGAUUGCGCCUGUGUUCUUUCAACAUGUAUUUAUGUAUGAAGUAAAGCCAUUAAAAUGAAUAUUUUAUUAAUAAUAUCGUUUUUUUCUUUUCCCUUUUUGUACAAAAGCACUUGAUACCGCACAGUUAUAGCUACUUUGUGGACCAAUAUUUUUAUUUUUCAUGUUGAGAUGUUGAAAACAACAGAAAAAAAAUGACAAAAAAGAUGAUGAAAUCAGAAAAAAAAGAUAGAUGUGCACCUUCAACGUUUAUGCGCUUGAAAUCUCCUAAGGUCAUCCACAUAUGCAGAAAAUAAAUAGAUUUUCAAAAGACAAUCAAAGUAUUGAAUGUUACUACUUAUUUUUGUAGUCUAUUUUUUUAGUGUUGUUUUUUUUUUGUCGUUGUUUUCCAAAAGCAGGCCCAAAGACGCAGUGAGCAUGUUACCUGAGGCACAUGUGGGCUUAUCAUAAAUGAUAGAUGCUACCCUCUUUUUUUUUCCAUAUUCCCUUAAAUAGGAGCUCUGUGGGUUUGGAGAGUUUUGCUACCCCUCCAGGGCGUUAAAGUGAGAUGGUUUCUGUUGGACAGCUUCUCAUCUGAUAGAUAUAUGGAUGAUUUAAACAUCCAUCCAUUCUACUGGUAGAAAAAUAUACCCUGUUUGUGUAGAAAGUAUGGCUAUUCAGUCACACAUGGGCUUUUGCAGGGGGAUUAUUGCCAUACAGGAAAUCUGGUAGCAGAAAGCACUGCCUGCUUACUUGCCUCAAAGUCAUUUCACAGUAGGAGAUAAAUCACGCUCUUCAGGACUGUGCAAAGAAUCUUUGAUCCUCUCAGUGUUGUACACCAACAGAAAUAUCUGGGAAAGUGUGCUUAAUCUGUUCAUUGUACGCAGGUAACAGAGAGAAAAAAAGAAAAGCAGGAAACAAAGCACAAAGGAAACAUGAGAAUCCUGGAUGCUGAAAGAGGAUAUUUACCUUUUAUGUGGUGCAUGUGGAAACUGACACCUUGAUAAUUCUUGCAUAGAGACUGCAUGCAUUAUGCUUUUAUUGCCAUUUUUGUAGAGUGGGCUGCACCAAGCUCAUUUCCAAAGCCCUCCUCUCUGUUAUAUUGUGACAAAAAAUUGUGAACAAUGAGGGCUGGAGGUGGUAGAUACUGGAACUGCACUGACUUGUUGAAUCUUUACCUCCCCUGCCACUGUCAUGGUGGAUAUAACAGAACGCUGAUUACUUUUUGUCUUAUUGUAGCAGUUUUUUAAAAUUUCGUUUCAGUCUAAAUGGCCUUUGCUGAUUUAGUGCUGUGUUUCAACUGUUAGUGAGAAGCUGAUCUGUCGGAUGUCUACUGUGCAGUGAGGAAAAAGAACGAGAAAGAGUGUUAGGUUGAGACAUGGAGACGAGAGAGUGUAGAAGAGUAGACGGAACGAGAGGUUGCACAAGAAACCAGCCACAGCACUCCAAGAGUCAGGAAAGGCAGGAUGUGUUAAAAACAGAGAAGAGGUGAGGGCUUCUUCUGCCUCAGUGAGAUUAGGGUCAAUGAGUCUGAUAAAGCAGAAUAUCAGAUGUUGAAUUCCCUUCACAGAGGUUUUCCUGCGGGAAGAUAGGUUUUCCCUCUAACGCCAGAACACAGCUGAAUGAAGUUCACUCCUUCUAGCAGACAGGAAACCCCCUCUGACUUUUUAUAAGGGAACAUUCCAAGUAUUUAUUCCCUAGUAUGCAAUUGCAGCUUUGUGCGUACUCUUGCAAUCGAAUCAGUGGUCUGUGUUCUCCCCAUAGAAAAUAACACACGUCUUCUAAUUCGGCUUUAAACCACAAGCUUUGUGGGUAUGCAUGAGAGUAGUGUGUGUGUGUGUGUGUGUGGCAAACAUACAUGUAUGUGCAUUAUGAGUGACCGAACACAAACGUGGAGGUGGAAACAGCUUUUGGCUUUUGUGCCUUGCUUUGAUGUGUGAAACCUAAAAAAAAGAAAAGAAUAAAAAAAAAAAACCUAAGAAAAAUUCGCCACGAGUGACAGAUGGCAAUUUCAGUGGCCCUACGAUGCUGCAGUCCAUUAGCUUACAUUGAAACUUCCUUUUACUCUGUUUAACUGCUCAGCUUAGUCUGCCCUAACAGUAGUAGAAUUAGGCUUUUGUUUUCACAGCAUGGCCAAUGAGUUUUUUUGAGCAAAAAAAAAUAAAAAAUAUUGUAGACAAGAAUAGAAUGUAUAUGUUGGUGAAGCAGGCAACAUGCGUGUGCGUGCGUGCGCGUGUGUGCGUGUGUGUGUGUGUGUGUGCAUGAGUUUGGGUUGUUUAGUGUCUGUGAGAGUUUGUGAACAAUGACCAGUGUUUAUUAUUGUUGAUUAUGAGGUGUUGUUGAUUAUUUUGAUAUUGGUCAGUAACUUAUAUGAUAAAAAAAAUAGCCCCUACAUAUAUUCUUUAUGACUCUGUGCAACACUAUUUCGAAUAAAUAAAAAAAGGGUCUAAGAGCAUAAUGACAGAGAUGUUGUUCAGAUAAUAGAAAAUGCCUGUUGUUGAUAGUUCUGACAGCGCCCAACGCCUUACUUCAAUGUGUAAAUUCUUAUCUAUUUGAGAACAUUGUGUUUUAGAACUUAACCUCAGUGCAAAGUGGCAUCGUUAAACACACACAAGUCCUUAUAUGGAGUUCUUACGUUUCUCAUUGUCAUGAAAGUGUUGUAAGAUUUGUAUGAAUAAAUUUUUGUAAACAACAAAA